AUGGCGGCCGCAGUCGGGGUUCCCGCCGCUUUAGCGAGCGUCGCUGUCCCGUCUCCGUCGCCUCCGGCCCCUUCUCCCCCCACCAUACCCUCGAUAACUCCUACGCCGGCCGUCCUUACUCCUCAGCCCGCGGCUGCACCACCACCACCGCCGCCGCCGCCUCCCGCGUUGGCGGCGCCUUUUCCCGGCGGCCGUGCAGUCCGGCUGCACCCGGUGGUGCUGGCCUCUAUCGUGGACAGCUUUGAGAGGCGCAACGAGGGCGCGGCCCGCGUUAUCGGCACGUUGCUCGGCACAGUUGACAAACAUUCCGUAGAGGUUACCAACUGCUUCUCAGUACCUCAUAAUGAAUCAGAAGAUGAGGUUGCAGUGGACAUGGAAUUUGCCAAAAAUAUGUAUGAAUUGCACAAGAAAGUGUCUCCAAGUGAAAUUAUUCUGGGAUGGUAUGCAACUGGACAUGACAUCACAGAACACUCUGUUUUAAUCCAUGAAUAUUACAGUCGGGAAGCUCACAACCCAAUUCACCUAACUGUGGACACCAGUUUACAAAAUGGACGUAUGAGCAUUAAGGCAUAUAUCAGCACCACAAUGGGAGUUCCUGGUAAGACGAUGGGGGUAAUGUUUACUCCUCUUACUGUGAAGUCUUCCUACUAUGAUACCGAGCGGAUAGGAGUUGAUCUCGUCAUGAAGACUUGCUUUAACCCGAAUCGAGUGAUUAAUUUGUCAAGUGAUCUUCAGCAAGUGGGGGCAGCUUCUGUUCAGAUUCAGGAUACCCUGAGCACAGUACUACAGUAUGCAGAAGAUGUGCUGUCUGGGAAAGUGACUGCUGACAACACUGUUGGUCGCUUCCUGAUGGAUCUUGUUAAUCAAGUUCCAAAAAUUUCGCCAGAGGACUUUGAGACUAUGCUGAACAGCAACAUCAAUGACCUGCUGAUGGUAACCUAUUUGGCAAAUCUUACCCAGUCGCAGAUUGCACUCAAUGAAAAAAUCUUAAACCUGUAAUGAAAUCUUAACCAUCUAUUAACAAGACCACCUAAAGAAACAGUGGAACUUCUUUGCACAGUCUAGACUUUGUAAUUGGAUUUUAUCUUCUGAAAUGACUGCUGAAUUAAUCUUGCUCAUCCCUUUUUUUCCUCUUCUAAGUAUGAUCAGAAAGGUGAUGAUCAUUAAAAACCAUCAAGGAAUUGCUAA